AUGUCUUCUCAUGAAAAAGCCCCAGACCAGCUGGCGCUAAACCAGUCAAUGGGCUCUCCUCCAAUGUCUCCGUACCCUGAGCAGCCACGAUUGUUGAAAUUGAUCUCCGUCGCUUUCAAAGAAGCGGCUUUAGAUAGUCCGACGUUCCGUGCAAACGUUAACCAUUUGAACCAUUUGAUUGAGCAGUGUGAACAGUGGAUUGAUGGGUUGUUGAAGUUCAUCAAGAAGUUCCCGCAAUAUUACAAUGAUUUCAAAGACUUCUUGCAUAUUUCUGUCGAUCAAUUGAGUCCCGGGUUCUUAAACGAUGGUAUAAUUGAUCAAGAUUACACAUUGUCAGCGUUGACAUUCACCAAGAAGGGGUUAUCCACUUUAUGGUCGGAUUCUCUCAAGUUAUUCCGGGUCAACGACUCUGAAUUGGUGUUAUUGUUGACUCAGGCAAAGAACGAUAUCAAAACUUACAAAGAAUACCGCAAGAGUUUUGAAGUGUCGCAAAGCAAGUACGACUUGUACUUAUCUAGAUACUCUGCGCAAUCAAAAACCAAAGAGCCAAGUGCUUUGAGAGAAGACGCUUUUCAGUUAUCAGAAGUCCGCAAAUCAUAUAUUCAUAUUUCUCUCGAGCUCUGUAUAGCGUUAUCAAAUAUUCAAAAAUCGUUGGAUUCUACUUUGGUAUCGGUAGCUUCGAAUUUUUGGAAAGAUAUUGAUAUGUCUAUGGCCGCCAGUAACCCUUACAAUUUGUAUUUGUAUAACCAAUUGGAAAAAAUUAAAUCUUGGGCCAAAGCGUGUGAUUUUUCAUUGAGGAUUUUAUCAAAGGAUAUGCUUACUGCCAGAAAACAAAUUGAAGAAAGCGCGAUCCAACAAUUUACACCAUCUAGAGAUUUGAAUGAUCACAACCCAAUCUUAAUUAAUCCAGGCACUCUUUUGGACUUGAAGGAACCGGUUUAUGAAAAGCAUGGUUGGUUAUUUAUGAAGACGUCUGUCGGGAAGCCAGCUAGACAAAUCUGGGUUAGAAGAUGGGCGUUUGUUAAGAAUGGGAUGUUUGGGUUAUUGAACCUUUCACCUUCGAAGACUUUUGUUCAAGAAACCGACAAGAUCGGGGUGUUAUUAUGUAAUGUUAGAUACUCCCCUAAUGAAGACCGGAGAUUUUGUUUUGAAAUAAAGACCAUCGAUACUACAAUUAUUCUUCAAGCAGAAACCUUGAACGAGUUGAAAUACUGGUUGAAAGUAUUUGCCACUGAAAAGAAGAGAUCAAUUGAACAAGUCGAUAAGAAGAAAAAAGAGUCUUCGGCAUUUGCAAGAUACCCUCCAUUAUUGAGUGAAUUUGCAUCAACUGCCACAACUACCUGUGAUUUUGAAAUGACCAGUGGGAAAGUUGAAAACACCAAUAACGGGAAUAAUGCUUUCAAUAACGGCUCCACAAAUAAUAUUAUCACCUCUAAUAAUUUAUCAAAGUUGAUGAAUUCUUUUAAUAAGUCCUCUAACCCAGAGUUCACCGAUUAUGUGCCAGAAAAUUCCACAGACGUCCAAUUUUCAAAAGAUGGGGUUUUUCAAGAACCAGUUCUUAACACCCCUAUCUCUACCAGAUUGACAAAAGCAGCCAUCAUAUCUAAUACAUUUCUUUCACCAUCAUCAAUUCCUAAUGCCAUUAAUGCAAAUAUUUGGGGCACCGUUAAUUGGGGCAUGUAUUACUUGGUCAGUUCCGAAGCAAGAGCCAAAGGUAAUAACGACUCAUCUAGUCAGAGGCUAUUGGUGUCUCAAUUAGAUGUCGAUAGCGUUGAUAAGUUUGCCGGGAAAGUUUACCCUUCAUUUUAUCCGAAAAACAUGAUCAAUUAUGAUAUUCAAAUGCGGGCGAUUUUUGAAACCGCUUUACAAAAAAACGAAAGAUGUUUGUUGUCAUUUAGAUGUAUUUGGUCGCCUAACCUGAAACAAGAGCUAUCCGGUAGAUGUUUCGUCACCAUGGAUAAUAUUUAUUUCUACAUGAACAGCAUGGGGUUUGUAUCGUUAUUGAUGAAAGAUUUGAACGAUUUGGUGUCGGUUGAAACCCAUUAUAAGAAGAAUUGGGAUAUAUUGAAAGUAUAUGCUAUUGAUGGCUUAAAUAUGAGAGCAAAAAUUUUCCUUGAUGACGCCAAAUUGAUUGAGAAAAAAUUAGAGGUUUUAAUCAACAACAAGACUGCGGUUAAACCUUUAGGUUUCAAAGAGUUGGUCGGCAAAAUGGAGGCCCUUGAAGCAGAAAGAGAGAUUGAAGAUUCAGGCAAAACCAUCAAUAAUGAGACCGUUAAUCCUUCACCAAAUGGGAUUGCUUUGAAGGAACCGGGGAUCUUGAUGAAUAACGAUGAUCCUAAUUCGAAAGCUACUACCGACAAGGAAGUGGUUGUUCCAUCGUUAUACAGCAUCAAGAAUGUUGCUGAUGUUAAGACAUUUAAGAAUGAUUAUUCCAAUGAGUAUGAUAGAUUGCUUUGUGCUGCCGAAAUCAAUUUGCCAGCCAAGGCAUUAUUCCAUGUGUUGUUUGGUGAUAAUUCCAAGAUUUUCAAAGAAGUUUUCACGUUGAUUGUGUCUAACCAAAGUGAUGGGUAUGUUCAAUUGCCAUGGAAAAUCACCAAAGAGAAUAACAAACUUCAACGGAAGCUUCUUUUCAAACUAUCGACAAACAGUAAAAACUCAUUGUUGAAGGACAAAAUUCUCAUUGAUAGUACUUAUAAUGGGAUUGUUUUGGGUCAAAUGAGCGAAGUGCAAACCAUUGAUGAAUUGGUGGAUAAUCAAUAUUAUAACAUUAAUACCCAAAGAAGUUCUUUAGAACUACCAUUGGGAGCACCGUUCGAACUGAGAGGAAGGAUCAUCAUUCAAGCCAUCGACUCGGAGAAUUGUAAGUUGAAAAUUUAUUCAAAGUUUUUGUUUUCCAGGCUUUCGCCUUCCAAUUAUUUGAUAUCCAAUAUUUACGGCUCUUUAUUCAAGGACGAAGCCAGAAAAAUCGUGGUCAAAAUUCAGAAAAGUGUGGCACAAAUUGGGACAUAUGGGAAAACCAACAAAACUAUCAAAUUGUACGGUCAAUUGGGGACGAAAAUCCAUCAUGAUAAUGAUGAAGAUAAAGAGAAAUAUCUAAACGAGGAUUAUAGUAUUGCUGAUGAAGAUAACAUCAAGUUUGGCUUUUUAUUAUUCUCCAAGAUCUUCUUGAAGGUUACCACAAUUAGAAUCUUCAAUUUCUUGUAUUUGGUGUCAUCGUUUAUUUUCAGAGGAAUCAACAAAUUUUUUAUGUCGUUGAGCAUGAACAAGUUCUUGAUAUUGUUAUUAAUGAUAUCAUCAAUUUUCAAUGUUUAUUUGAGCGGUAAGGCAGGGGUAUCUUAUUGGAUUUCUAAGAGUACCGAAAAAAUGAUCAAUGAUUAUACCAAGAUGGCGUCUAACAACAUCAACAAUCAUCAGAAUGGCAAACUCAAUGGAUAUUCGAAUCACAAUGGCGGUUUUAUGCAAAGAGCAAUUUACUUGAAAGAUAUUGAGGAAAUGAUUGAAAAGGGCAAAGAAUUGUCAAUUAAUUCCAGCUCGAAAUGUUUCAAAGAAUUCAAGAACGAUUCAUUUGUGUUGAAUUUCGAAAAAAGCUCCCUCCAAAAGCAUUUCUUACGCAAACAGUACGGGAAUAUUGCGUCUUUGCAAGCUGCGCAAAAGUUGCAAAACACUUUACAAGAAAUCGGGGUGAGAAGAAAUGAAUUAUUGAUUGAUUUGAAAGUGUUGGAGAAAGUAGAAAAGGAAAUUGCCAUCGGGGAAUGGAAAAAUUGGUUAUUGAACGAGAAUCACCAAUGUGAUUUUGUCAAGGAAGAAAUUAUUGCAAAAGUGUUAGACUCUCAGGAAAACUCUGGUAAAAUUUCGGAAGCCGUGAUAUUUGGAGGCGAUAAUAGGCUUGACAUUGAUGGUAUUUUGCCUGGUGCAUCCGAGUUGCUUUCUUAUUGUGAUAGUUGUAAAGCUGAACUUGCAAACUCUUAUUUGCUUUGA